GGGAGUGCGAGCAGCAUCUCUAAUUUCCUAUUCCGAGUUCCGACGACGGGGAAAGCAGUCCUUCUGCUGCUCAGUUCGCUGCCUGUUUUUCCAAUUCUGACGAAGCCACAUCUCCAAUAAUUUCCCGGCGGGAAGAGGCAGCGACGCAGCAGAAUGUCUACCCCAAACCCUAACAAGAAGAUUCGCGGAGAUGGAGAAGCGGAAGAACGCCAAAUCGAGUUCGAUCGAUUGAGCAGUCUUCCAGACCAUAUUCUUCACCACGUUCUCUCCUUCUUGGACUGCCCCAAGCUCUCGGCUCAAACCUCUGUCCUCUCCAGAAGGUGGAGAUCCCUAUGGAAGCGCGUUCCGAGUCUCACUCUCAGCACCAGCUGCCUCACCCCUUCCAGUUUCGCCAGGUACGUCGAGGAAGUCUUGUCCCGCCGUCCUGAAGGUCGUGACGUCGAAGAGAUCGUCUACUUGCACUUUGAUUUCUCGAUGGACAAGAAUCUGUUCGACAGGGUUGUGAAUUUUGCUGCUUCUCACGGCUGUCGACAUUUAAAUGUUUGUGUGCCGUACGAUGAGGUUCUUGAGCCCGAAUUGUUCGUUCCCUUAGCUAAUAGCGAUCUGAGAAUUCUAAGGUUAAGACGAGCCACUCUGAAAAGUGGAUUUGGAUCAUGUGGGCUCAAGAUGCUGACCAUUUUGGAUUUGGAUGAGUGCUUGCUGCCUUGUGACACUGGAGCUGACCUUGAUCCUUUUGUUAACUUCCCUUGCUUGGAGAAUUUGAUACUGUGUAACUGUUUCUUGGAAGAUAGGGAAUGCGGUUUCAAGAUCUUUGGACCCCGACUGGUUAAACUUCUGAUAUACGAACUUGAUUGCUCUAAGUUGGAAAUAUUUGCACCAACACUCACGUUCUUCGAUUACAUAGAUCAUUUGAACUCCCCAAGAUUGUACAACUUAAGGCUUCCCUCCCUUGAUCAUGCUGAUAUUUCUGUGCAUGACAAAUGCCUUGAUGAAAGGAACAUGGAAGAGAUGAGGGCUUGUUAUAUCAGCUUGUUACAAGGUCUGCAAAAUGCGAGUAUUUUGGAAAUCAAUCAUGGCCUCUUUAAGUUACUGUGCAAGAAUUGCGAGUUGUUGGAGCAUCAGUCUUGCCCCUUUACUAGAUUGAAGUCAUUGAAAGUAGCUGUGUCUCGAAUUAAUUGCCCGUACAGGUUGCCAUACCAUGUGAUAAGUUACUUCCUAGGAGGCUCUUCCACCGGCGAACAAGCAUAUAUUGAGUUUGGUUAGGUAAUUCACAAAAACCCACUUUCCUUGUUUUGACUAUAUCAUGUGCUUCGCAAUAUUAUCAUCUGUAACUUGUCAACGUUCGUAGUUUGGCUAGGUAAUUCGUGUAAGCGUAAGUGGGAACGUUUUUUCGUGCAGUACUUACAACUGCAGUGAUUCAACUUCGCUUGUUUUUCGGUCCCUUGCCAAUUUCCCCUGAGAUCCUUGUAUCUUUGCUUGAUUCUUUUGGCCUUGCAUUGGCAACAUUGGUAGAAGUCUGUUAUCUUGUUUUUUCCUGCAUGUAAGCUUUAAGUGGGAACCUCUUUUCUUUUGUUUGGAGUUAUGAUGGUGAGAGGAGCUUGUAUCUGUGCUGAUCCUUUUGCCCUCACUUUGGAAGUAAGUACCCUAAGCAUUGUCUCGCCUCAAUUAUAGGUGCUUCUCAAAAUGAAUCAUCAUCUUAACCUUUUGUUUGUCGGACCCUGUUUCUCUCGUGGACCUUUUGCCCUUGGCCUAUGCUAUUAUGGUACUGGCCAUAUGAAUUAUCUUUCUAAUUUUUGCUGCUUGGAUAAGCUGAAAUGUGGAUGUAGUUUUUACCACUUGAUAUGAUAACGAGGAACUCGAUAGAAGCAGUAGCUUGAUUCUGCUGCAGAAAGAAACAAAAGAAUUAGGCAAUUAGUCAGUUCUGUGAUAUGAUGGAGCAUCAACCUUGCCCAUUUACCUGCACUGAGGAGCCCUGCUAACUCUAUACAGUAAUAAAGUUCUAUUGCUUCAACAAGGGUUCUUCCUGUGCAAAUCCAGGAUGUCUUUAGUUUGUGUAGAUGAUUGAAGGCUGAAAAUACUUUCAUUUUAGGUUAUUGCCUUUGAUGGAUUCUGACUGAGCCUUGCCUCCAGUGUAUUUUAAGAAUCUUUGUAUCACCAUGCUAUUUUGUCCUGCACAGCUUGCUUACUCAUUCUACUUUCUACAUGUUAUAUGCAUUCCCCCUUUGCUUUUGCCAUUCUUACUGCUUAGCCGUUAUGUAUUUUUUAUGUGCUCGAGUGUUUAUUCUUCUUCCUUAGUCUAUAGUUGGCAGUUACUCCUUACAUCUAUGACCUGUGGUACUGAUACACUGUUCCUCUGCAGGAACUUGGAGAAGUAGAACUAGGUUCACUUGGAUUUGAGGGAUUGUACUGCUGUUUUGAUUAGAUUUCAUCUAGCUGAAGCUCCUUUUGAACCUUGAGUAGUCCCAGGUUUAGUUUAUAUAGCUUAACUUGCUAUUUAGACUUCAAAGUGGUACUUAAACUAUGUUUUCCAUAUAACAGUUCUGCAACUGCUAAGCCCUAAUUACAUUUCCUAUAGAAAGUCUUUCAUGGAAAAUGUCUCCCACAAUUAUGAACGACUAUUGUGCAUCUGAUCUUAUGAACCAGGAAGCUGUUAAUCUUAUUUUAGCUUACCAAUCAUGGUUCCCAUCUAGAUAAAAAUCAACAGUUUUG